AUGGGUGAUGGUAUAUCCACUCAUGCUUGGGAAGAUACGUGGAGUGAGCCGGGUCCCCUUAUCCAUUUGCUCACUUACAGAUUCAUUAAUGGUCAUGGGUUUCACAAUAACUCUACGGUCUAUGAUCUAAUGCAACGGUUUGGUACUACUUGGCYAGAGGAUUGGAUUCAGCUGUAUCCCCAAUUGCAAAGUGUUAUGAUCCCACUCCCUACUCAAAUUGAGGAUACGGUCCAAUGGCUUGAUGCUAACCAUAAGCGGAAAGCAUUUGAAGUAAAAGUGGCUUGGCAUACAUUACAAGAAGCAAGGCCGAAGGUGCAUUGGUAUAAGGUUGUAUGGAAUAAAGCUUACAUUCCUAAACAUGCUCUGUGUAUGUGGAUGGCUUGUCAACAUAGAUUACCAACUCAAGAUCGCAUCUGUCAAUGGAAACAUGAACCUCCGGACUUGAAAUGUGUUUUCUGUAAUCUUGUGCUUGAAAUGCAUAAUCAUUUAUUUUUUGAAUGCAACUACCCGAAUAGUAUAUGGGAGGUCAUUCAGAAGGAAGUUGGGAUAACAAAUUGUCCGAACAAAUGGGAGGACUAUCUUAACAGGGGUCUAUCUCAAGGGUGGAAGUCAUGGUCCACGGUUCAAAAGAUAGGUAUAUCUGCUACAGUAUACCACAUAUGGCAGGAAAGGAAUAGAAAAUUCUUAGAUAAGCAUAAUCAAGCUGGCGAGAAAGUGGUGGCUGAGAUCAAGAGUCAGAUUCUUCAAAGAAUGGCGUGGAAGGCAAGACAAAAACUCAUACCUCUCAAUGACACGUGA